GAUACGGUGCGCGCGCGUCGCUCGAACGCCAUUUUGUUUUUCAAACUUUCGAAUUACUUGGAUGUGUGAAGUGAACUCAAGUGUUGAGAAUUGUGAAAUACAUAAGCAAAUCUUCUUGAUACUUGCAAUAAGGAUGCUCUAUUACAGCUGUUUUUCGUCAUAAAGAUUUUGCAGAAUAAUUUCCUAGUGAAAAGUGAGAAAGUGUUGACAAGUGCUAAAUGAAGUGAAGUGAUGAUAGCGAAGUGCAGUGAAAACUCAACACAAAUGAAGCGACGCCGACUGAGAGUGGUUACAAUAACAACCGCUGUGCAGUGAAUACCGAACAAUGAUCGUGGAAAGUACUUGGAUUUUCAUCACAGGAUGUAUUGCUUUAGCAUCAGCUCAAUUCUCUCCAGAGUUCAACAUCCCAGCCAUCACCAGGGUGGAUCGGAACUGGUUUGCGAUGUCCACAGACCCUGUGGGCUCCGUCGUCACGAGGGUCCACAGGGAACGGACUUGGAACCAGAAUGUUACCUUCGGCUUGGAGACCUCUGGGCCUCCAGCCCCCUUCACCAUCGAUCCGCAGACUGGAGUGGUCACUGUCAACGAUACGCUUAAAGAUAAGGAAAACUGUUCCUACUCAUUAUGGGUGACAGCAUUCGAUGGGUUUAUACCUCAACGGACAGAAGUGUUAGCAACAAUAACUAACAGUUUGGGCCAGAGACCGAUACCCCAUCCACCUCCGUACCUGCCGUUUCCUGGCACAUCGCACCAGUUUCCUGGCUUAGAACUGCCAUCACUGCCGCCGCCACCAAAGUACCCUACAACUACGCAAAGCACAACCAAAGCAACGGAGAAAAUUAUAGAAGUACCGACAACUGUACCUGAUACAACAACAGUCACAACUAAUAGUCCACCUAAAAGAACAGACAACGUCACUGAGAAGUUCACGAAGUUAGACAACGAAGGACACAGCACUAGUAAUAUAUCUGAACCAAGUGAUGAACAGCCACUAGGAAACGAUGUACCGUUAGCAGUCAUACCUGUUAUCGCGAUCGGAGGCCUUGUGGUCAUUGUGGUUGCUGUCAUAGUUUUUGUGUGGAGAAAGAACAAUUCCACCAAAACAAAAUCGAAAAAAGAUGACAUGAGCAAAGAUUCGAGCGGUAUAGUCCUCCAAGAUUCUUCGAUAAACUUGUGGAACCGACCGCGGACUUACUCGAAUAGAUACGAGUCUUGGGACAACAAUCACUUGCAGCAUUCCGAAGAAACUACGAUCACCAAAGAGGAGCCUCCAGAUGAGUGGGAAUUCCCGCGACAUCGCCUGAGAGUGUUCAAUAUCAUCGGAGAAGGUGCCUUCGGCCAGGUGUUCAGAGCUCAGGCUAUAGAUAUUGAUGGGAAAAAAGGUGAACAAAUCGUGGCUGUGAAGACGCUCAAAGAAAACGCGUCCGAGAAAGAGAAGACCGAUCUAUUACAGGAGUUGAUCGUGAUGAAGAAUCUAGGAACGCAUCCAAAUGUGGUCAGACUUAUUGGAUGCUGCACGGAAAAGGAGCCAACCCUAGUGAUAAUGGAGUUCGUGAGCAUAGGCAAGCUGCAGCAGUUCCUUAGAGACUCCAGAGCGGAACGGCAUUACGGGAACACGCAUGGAAGCCAGUUCCUCACGUCCAGGGACCUGACGCACUUCGCGUUCCAAGUUGCUAGAGGGAUGGAGUUCCUUAGUUCUAAAGGGAUAAUCCACAGGGAUUUAGCAGCAAGAAACGUGCUCAUAACCGAAGAGAGAACGUGUAAGGUGGCGGACUUCGGACUCGCGAGAGACGUCGGAGGUACACACGUGUAUGAAAGAAAGAGCGAUGGACGUCUACCGAUAAGAUGGAUGGCACCCGAGUCUCUUUACGACGACAUCUUCAGUGUAAAGUCUGAUAUAUGGAGUUUCGGAGUGUUGCUUUGGGAGAUCGUGACACUUGGCUCCACCCCUUAUCCAGGCAUGUCCGCUGGUGACGUCAUGCGGAAGGUACACAGCGGCUACCGUUUAGAAAAGCCAGAGCACUGUCGCCGCGAACUCUACAACAUUAUGUACUACUGCUGGGAGGCGAAGCCCACAGACCGUCCAGACUUUCCAGAAGUCGUGGCCAUGCUGGAACGACUGCUGUGCACCGAGACCGACUACAUCGAGCUGGAAAGAUUCCCCGAUCAUUCGUACUAUAAUGUACAACAUUUGGACGGGGAAAAACUUUAAGUCUAUAAGACAUUGUGAUUUUGACUUUAAUGGGUACAGGUGCGUCUGCUAUGGGUACAGAUGCGUCUUUUAUGGGUACAGAUGCGUAUGGGCAGUGAAGUUGUAACCGUCCACUUAAGAUAGUGAGCCAUUGCUAAAACGAAACCAAAACUGCAAGUUGAAGCCCAAAUUAAAAAAUGUAAAUAAAAGGGCAAUUUCGUAAAACAGUUUUAUUUAAGUUUAGUUAAGACAAUAAUUGAAAAACGAUCAUGCUUUUCGAAAAAAAUACGUAAAAUAUGUUUCUAUUUAAAAGUAACUUAUGAAUUCACUGGAUAUUUUGCUUAAAAUUACAAAAUAAAAGAAAAAAAAACAUAAAUUACUCAUAAAUAAAUCAAACAGUUUCUCAACAUAUACAGGGUGGAAACGAUAAGUGAUCUCACUCGAUUAUUUCUAAACUAUACAAGAUAUCCAAAAACUGGUGACUGAUCCUGAAAGUGCUUCACGAGUUCUAUCCAACGGUACCAAUAAUAAGUUACAAAAUAAAGUGGAGCUAUCCGAAAAUUCAAUGUUUCCAGCUUCCAUACAUUUAGUACUGCCACAGUCAUGGCACUCAUAUCUUGAUAAUAUUUUAGCAAAUAAAGCCUAAAACCAAUGUUUUCCAUGAAUAAUUUUAAAUAAAAAUGCAUUAAGAGUUCAUUUUAAGUGUUUAUUACUUUUUAAAAACAUUUAACACUUCUAAUAUUGUGUGGCUGGCAUACAUUUAGUAUGGAGGCUGAAAACAUUGAAUUUUCGGAUAGAUCCAGUUAAUUCUGUAAACUACUACUGAUGCCGUUUGAAAGAGCUCGUUAAGCACUUUCAGGAUCAGUAACCAGUUUUUCGAUAUCCUGUAUAGUUUAGAAAUAACCGAAUGAGAUCACUUAACGUUUCCACCCUGUAUAGUUUCAACAGUCGAGGAACAUGCCGAUUCUUAAUCAUUCGUCCCAAUAACCCUGUUUUAAUUUUAUACGAUUCAAAAUUAUGAGAUCUCGCUAUGGUCAUUUGCAUCAAGCUAUGAAUAUUAAAUUAAAAAUAUUAAAUAAAACUGAGAUUAAUUUAGGGUAUGGCAAUACUUUUAGCAUAAGUUUUACUCGUGUAGUUAAGAACUAGUCUUUAGAUAAAUAAAAAUGGAGUAAUGCAUAAGUAAUAUUGUUAUUGUAAUCUAGAACCUGUACAGCAUUAACAUUAUUGUAUUAAUGAUAAGCACUUUCGUAAUGAAUAAAUGUUUUGUUUAGUAAAUA